AUGGUGACGUACACCAUCAUCNACUCGGGCGUGCCGACGCCGACGGUGCGGUGGACGGUGCAGGGGCGGGGGGGCGGGGCGCAAGUUCUGUCGUCCACGGAGUCUGUGCUGCGCGUGAGCCCCGUCGCCCCUGACGAUGAGGGCGUCUACACGUGCCACGUCCACAACCCCGCGGGGGACGGCGGCACCCACGCCUUCAGGGUCAACGUGGAGGCGGCCCCCGUGCUGGAGGAGGAGCUGCAGGACGUGAGCCUCCCCAUGGGGGAGACGGCCUCCUUCACCUGUCGGGGACGCGGGGAGCCCAAGCCCUCCGUCAGCUGGACCAGGGACGGCGUCCCCUUCCCGGGGGGCGAGACGAUCGAGUUUACGUCGCUGAGGACGGAAGAUAAGAGCGUGAUUGCGUGCAACGUAUCCAACGUACACGGCUACACGUACAGCACGGCCUUCCUCAACGUGCUUUCAAUGCCCCCGGAGUUUGAGGAAAGUCCCGCGGACUCCCUAACCUUAGAGGGGAGUUCCGUCUCCCUCAAAUGCGGGGCGUACGGCUCCCCUAAACCCGAUAUUGCGUGGUACAAAAUCCCCCACGGGGAUGACGAGAACGGCCACGGGGACGAUGGGGAUGACGGGGAAGUCCACGGGGACGAUGGGGAUCACGGGAACGGCCACGGGGGCGAGGGGGAUGAAGGGGAUGCCAAACACGACAAGGAAGAAGGGGAAGAACACGGGGAUGAAGGGGAGGAGGAAGAAGAUGGCGCUGAAGGGGAAGAGUUAAUUACGAAUGAUCUGUACGAGAUCAGCGAUGGACAGCUUGUCAUCAGGUCUGUGUCGGCGGUCACCGAGGGCACCUACCGCUGUGUGGCCACCAACAAAUAUGGACAAGUGGCCGCCACUGCCGCCAUCCACAGCAGAACGCCAACGUCAGUGACGUUGACAGCAGAAUCUGAGGUCGUGAAGGCUGGCAACGUCACACGUCUGACGUGCAACGUGACGCACGACCCUCGUCUCGACGUCGACGUCACGUGGAGCAAAGAUGACGAGGAACUCAACGUGCACGACGAUGACAGGAUCCACGUCACCGACGAGACCUCAGAAGACGGGGAGGUCUCUGUGAGCCUCAGCAUCAGCGCCUCCCACGGCCCCGACUCCGGCGUGUACAGCUGUGCUGCCGUCACCGCCGUCGACGACCGCCAGGACAACGCCAUCGUCAUGGUCGAGGAUGUACCCGCCGCCCCCACCCUCACGUCCCUAGACUGCGAGGGGGAGUCGGCGCUCCUGCAGUGGAGGGGGGCCGGGGAGCAUCACGCCCCCAUCCUCUCCUUCAAGAUCCUGUACGACACCGACCUCCACCACGACCAGUGGAAGGAAGCCCAGGACGAACUGGACAGCGGCAGACACUCCGCCGAGGCAAGGGUACACUCCACCGCAAUCGUCUCGGUUCGCCCCGGCCGUGAGUACCGCUUCCGGGUGGUAGCAGUGAACCGCGUGGGGGAGUCGCCCCCAGGUGCGGUUCUGAACUGCACGACACCACCCGCUCCCCCUGCGGUCAACCCCGCGAACGUCACCCUUGAGGGUGCCGGGGCCACGUCACUCAUGCUCAACUGGGAGCCAGUGUCUGAAGAGGACCAGCAAGGACCAGGUUUUCAGUACGAGGUUCUGUGGCGGGAGGUUGAGGACGAUGAAAUGCACGUCUACGGUGACGAAGAUGGUGAUACGAUCCCUGAUGGAGAUGACGGGCAAGACGAAGAUGUUUCUGAUGACGAUGAAGAACAGUGGGAGAAGAAGGUCAUCACUAAUGGUGACGAGUCCGAGGCUCGCGUGACAGGUCUGCUCCCCAACACCCACUACCUCGUCAAGCUGCGCGCUGUCAACGCCCUGGGGCUCAGCCCCGACCCCGUCCCCACCAGAGUGGCUACCACUGCCCCAGCUCCGCCCUCUGCAGCGCCGUUCCCCCUGCGGGCUGGGGAGGUGCGGGCCACUUCAGCCGUGCUGCUCUGGACGCCCCUGGACAAUAAGCGCCUUAAGGGUCCACUUAAGGGGUACCAUCUGAAAGUUAAUAGCCGUAACGCAGAACACGACGUUGAUGACGACGCCAGUGACGAGGACGGUAACGACGUGUACGUCACGGGUGACGUCACGAGGGCGACCGUGACGGGGCUGUCACCCUACACGGAAUAUUACGUCAGAAUUCGGGCGGAUAAUACGGCGUAUGAAGGCGUAUACGGAGAGCCUGAGUACUUCUGGACACGGCAAGCAAAACCAUCGUCAGUCCUGAACCUGGAGUCAAAGCCCAUCUCAGGGACGAGUGUGAUCGUGAGAUGGGACCCACCAUCGUCCCCUAACGGCAAGAUCACGUCAUACCACGUCACCUACGCCCCUGCUCGGGACGGGGACGAGGAAGAGGGACAGGAGGACGAGGAACCAACCGAGAUGGAAAUAGAUGACGUGACCAUCGAGGCAAAGACUGACGACCACGGGCAGGACGACGAGGACAUUCAGACCAUCAUCGUCGCGGCGCCAAUUAGUUGCGCCAAGAUCGCAGACCUACAGGAAGGCGUUCGCUACAAGAUCGCCGUGCAGGCUAAGAACGCUGCGGGACUCGGUAGCAAGAGCUUCCUGACCGCCGCUGGGGAGCACGUCGUCCCCGGGCUGCCGGUGCCGCCGCUCUUCUCGUGGGCGGUGGACGACGAGGACAAAGACGUGGACGGUGACGGUGACGCCGGUGACGACGACGACGUCGUUGACGUCGACGAUGACGGCGACAUAGACGAGGAUGACGUACGCAACAGGCACGUCAUUAUUGGCGACACUGACGAAGAUGGUGACGUUGACGAGGCUGACGUGCUGGAUACGGACGGUGACGGCGACAUUGACGACCAUGACGUGGCUGUGGCGGACAUCGAUAAUGACGGCGACGUUGACGAGGAUGACGUAAAGGCCGCAGAUCGCGACGGUGACGGUGACGUGGAUAUAGCUGACGUCGGUGACGAAGAUGGCGACGGGGACUUCGACGGUGCUGACGUGCUGACCGCUGACGAAGACGGUGACGGCGAUAUUGACGCUGGUGACGAUGAUGAGGAACAGACGAUACUGGAGGACCAAGAUGGCGAUGGUGACGUUGACAUUCACGACGUAAUUGACACUGACGGCGAUGGUGACGUGGACGACGAAGAUAUUGCAGCGGCUGACAUCGAUAACGAUGGUGACGUUGACGCUGACGAUGUAAAAGCUGCUGAUAAAGACGGCGAUGGUGACGUGGACGCUGGUGACGUGAUAGACGUUGAUGGUGACGGGAACAUCGAUGGUGACGAUGUAGAGGUGCGAGACCGUGACGGCGAUGGUGACGUUGACCGUGAAGACUUCGUCUUACGUCAGACGUUCAUUGGCGACACCGACCAUGAUGGCGACGUUGAUGCAGAGGACGUGUUAGACGUUGACGGUGACGGUGAUAUCGAUGAGGCUGAUCGAAACGUCGCGGAUAUCGACAAUGAUGGUGACGUUGAUAGUGACGACGUACGAGCGGCAGACAAGGAUGGUGACGGCGACGUGGAUGCUCUGGAUAUCGGUGACGAAGAUGACGAUGGUGACGUUGACGCUAAAGACGUCAUUGCGGCAGACAAGGAUCAGGAUGGUGACAUUGACGUGCAGGACGAGGAUGACGAGAACGUCUUGCUGGAAGACGUUGAUGGCGAUGGCGUCGUUAACGCCGAAGACCUCGUCGAUUUGGACGGCGACGGUGACGUUGAUAGUGACGAUUUGGACGUGUUCGACGUUGAUGACGAUGGCGACAUCGACGAGCACGAUAUGAAAGUCAUCGAUAAGGACGGUGAUGGUGACGUGGACGUCAAAGACGUGGUCGAUUUUGACGGUGACGGUAAGAUCGACGAGGACGAUUUAGACGUGCGGGAUCGUGACGCUGACGGCGACGUUGAUGCGUCAGAUUUCGCGAUGCGUUCCGUAUUUUUGGGCGACACGAACGACGAUGGCGUCGUUGACGAGGACGACGUGCUUGACGUUGAUGGCGACGGUGACGUCGAUGCCGAAGACAUCGCGGCCGCUGACGUUGACGACGAUGGUGACGUUGACGCUGACGACGUACGCAAGGCAGACAGAGACAAUGAUGGUGACAUAGACGGUGAUGACGUGUCUGAUCUCGAUGGUGACGGGUUAAUUGACGAGGCAGACGUCGAGGUGACGGACCGAGACGGCGAUGGUGACGUAGACUACAGCGACUUCGUCAACAAACGCAUCGUCCUUGGUGACACCGACGGUGAUGGCGACGUUGACAAGGAUGACGUGCUUGACACUGACGGUGAUAAUGACGUGGACUUGGAAGACUUCAACGUCGCUGACAUCAACAAAGAUGGCCGCGUUGACGCUAAAGACGUGCGCGCUGGCGAUCGUGACGGUGAUGGUGACGUGGACUUUGCUGACAUCGGCGACGAAGAUGGUGACGGUGACGUAGACGCAAAAGACGUAAUUGCAGCUGACGAAGACAAAGACGGGGACAUAGACGCUAAGGAUGACGAUGGCGAUGACGUGAUAAUCGCUGACGUUGACGGUGACGGCGAUAUUGACCGAAACGACGUACGAGAUCUUGACGAGGACGGCGACAUAGACGACGAUGAUAUCAAAAUAGCAGACGUCAAUAACGACGGAAAAGUUGACAGAAAAGACGUCAAGGCUGCAGACAAGGACGGUGACGGUGACGUUGACAGCGCAGACGUUGUUGACAUGGACGGCGACGGUGACGUAGACGGCAAUGACUUGCUGGCGUCAGACAGGGACGGUGACGGUGACGUUGACGGACGAGACGUGGCCGUUCGGUACGUCAUCCUCAAAGACGUCAAUAACGACGGGAAAAUCAACCGAAAAGACGUGCUCGAUACCGACGGUGACGGUGACGUUGACGAGGAAGACGUCGCAGUCGCUGAUAUCGACAACGACGGUGACGUUGACGUCGAUGACGUGCAUGCAGCUGACAGGGAUGGUGACGGAGACGUUGACAACCACGACAUAAGAGACGUUGAUGACGAUGGUGACGUUGACGGGGAUGACGUGGUGGCGUCUGAUCGUGACGGCGACGGCGAUGUUGACGCUGCUGACGAAGGCCAAGGCGUUGAUGUCAAAAUAAACUGGAGGCCCGACUUUGAGAACCAUCCCGGCACUGAGUUCUUCGUCCGGUACCGUCCCGAGGGCACGAACAAGUGGCGUAAGUCCCCCGUAGAAGAGAAGUCCCUUCAGCAGACCCUGCGCGGUCUCGACCCCUACAAGGUCUACGAAGUCCAAGUCGUAGCCAAGGACGGGGACUUUGAGACGCCUUCUGAUAUCACGAAAAUUGGACCUUUCCGAAAACGACGACAAGGGCCCGCCAUCGCGGAAAUUCAACAGUCAGAUACAUCAAGUGUCGAAGAUGGAGGCUUCGUUCAUCCCUUUGAUAAUGAUGAUGGCAGCGACGAACUGAAUGGAUCAGCGAAUUUCCAGGAAUCUAACGAAUCCAAAAUUCCAGGAAAUAUCGAAACUUGGGACGGUUUUAAUUCACUAAGCACAUCUGCCCCUACAGAGACUGUUAGUAGUGAGUUUGAUACUUCGAGUAUGGAUAUAGCUGGAAAAGUUGAACUCGACGAUAUCGAAGAACCUGAAACUUUUUUGGGGGUAACGGUUAUAGCUUCGAAAAACCAUGAAGGUGUUAAAGUCCCUGAAACAAACGGUGUUGUGCUACAUAAUGUGGAAGAAGAAAGUGACGCUUUUGGCGCUUUGAAAAACAAUGGAACUGGUAGUGAGAAUGAAAGUCAAGUUCCAUUUGAAUCGAAUCGUUCCGAUGGUGACGCAUUAGAAUAUGAUUCAACAGCAGAAGAAAAGGACGGUGAUGGCGAGGGAGAUGUUUUUGAUGUCGUUCCGUACGAUGACAUCACUGACUAUAUUCCAGCCGCCUAUGACUAUUUCAACUACACCACAGAUGACCACUACCCUACCUUGUAUGGAGGACAACUGACUGGUGGCAGAUCCAGAAAACCAAAUGCAACUGUAACUCCCCUAGUAGUCGAAAUUGCGACCGAGGAUGAAGCCGAAACGAAUGUAUACUCAACACACAAGCCAAAUGUAGAAAGUGCACCUGCCGGAGGUAUUGCCGGUGACUCGUACGAUGAAUACGAGUAUUUGGACUUUGACAAUGAGACUGAAUACGAUUUAACGUAUUUCCCAGACCCUAUAAUAAUUAGCGAUAAUAGAACAGAUGAGGAUAAAGCUUUGUCGGGAACUGAUGUUCGACUCGAACAGGAGGAAUCAGUGCUUAAAGAAAAACUAAGACAAUUGGAAGAUCAGUUAAAUGGUUUACGAGAAGCAGAAAUUAACCUGGAGUCUACUGGAAAAGUUCCGGAGGAGUCUUUGGAGUUUGGAGGACCACUUGCAAACAUGACUGUGAGUGAAAUUUCUGAUGAUUUUCCAAAAUCGAAAAGCGAAGAAUUGAUUCCCAGAGAAAAUGAAGAUGCGUCAGAAAAACAAAGUCACGAGACAGAAGGCAGUGGAUCUCCUGCUAUCAUUGAAACUAUUGAUGACAUUUUAGACUACUUGAACCAUACUGAAGACGUGUUGGGUUUCAAGAGAGUCCAAACAGAAGUAGGGGGUGUACUUACUGGAAGGCCUAUGAAAGAAAUUGAAGGAAAUUAUAGCUCAAUUCAAGCUCAAUUAGAAAAAGUAAGAGAAGAAAUAUCUAUAGUUGAAAAUGAAAAGCAAAAAAUCGAAAUUGCUUUGAUCAACAUUGAGAAUGCAAAGCUCGAUAAAAAAGUUGACUUGCUCCAUGAAGUUGAAGAAGUCGUAAAUGAAUUGGAUAAGGCAAUCGUCCAAGGGAAAAGAGUGGUGGAGGAAGAUACGGAAGAACUGGAUGUGAAAGAAAAAGAUAUGUUCGAUGAAGAAAACAUGAUGGGGGUUCUGAAGAACGUGACGGACGAAGGCAUCCAAAAAGUUGAAGAAGAAAGAGAGGACAUUAUUGGAAGAGAAGAGAAGCUAGAAGAAGAGCAAGAGACCUUGGAGGAAGAACAAACGGUGUUGUUGAGAAAGGAAGAACAAUUGAAAGAGAAAGAAAGAGAAAUUGAACAGGCAAUAGGUGGUAUCGAGGCAGAGCGUGACGAUGUCAUUGAUAAAGAAAUUGCGAUCGCCGUUGAAGAAACCGAGCUAGAAACAAAGAAAAAUCAGCUUGAGAUGAAGAAAGCUACACUUGGGGCAAAAGAAAGUGAUAUGCAAAGCAGUUUGGAAGAACUACAGGAAAAACAAAUAGAAUUGGACCGAGAACUGGCAAUGAUUGACGAAAAUCAAGAAAAGCUUCUAGAAGAGCGACGUCAGUUAGAAGAUGAAGAAAUGAUUCUAGAGGAAAAUGAGCUGAUAUUGGCAGGCCAGAGGGAAGACUUGCAAACAAUACUGGAUGAAAUAGACUCGCAAGAAGACAAUCUCAUACUGGAGAAAAGCCAGGUUGAUCUAAAAAUCAAAGCCACCAAGGAUGAACUCGACACACUAGAUGCCUUGGAGAAUGGCAUCCGUCUCAGAAACGAAAGCCUUACGCACGAAAAAGAAAUUCUAGAAGAACGACACGACAUGAUGGAGACGGAGAGAAAUAAAACUUCAGAAGCGGAAGAUGAGCUUUCUUUUAUUCGAGAAGGUUUGGAUGACGAAGAAGAACGCUUGCUGGGAGAAAGGGUAGAACUCGCCGAAAUAGAAGAAACCAUUCAUGAAGAGCGCAAAGACAUUUCAGAAGUUAAAACUCCCGUCAUUGAAGGCGAAAGGGAUCUGGAGAAAGAAGCGGUUACUGACAGCGCAGAAACCAGCGAAGAAAGCUCUGGCAUAGGACUGAUUGACGGUGAAACAGAUUCUUCUCGAACAAGUCUUGAAGGCUCGCUCUUAGAGGACUCGGAUCGGCAUGAAGGUAACAAAGCAUCUGGCGAUGGACCUGAAUAUUCCAUUGAAGAAAUUGAUCCGAGACUAAGAAAUGUCGAGAUUUCUUUGUCUACGGAUGAGUCAGCGCCCGAUUAUUUUGAUGGUACCAUCGACUUUUUUUCCGGGGAGGCUAAGACAGAAUCAUUGGAGGCAACUAAUGCCACAGUAUCGGGAACAAAUGACACAGAUUUGGGAUUCGACUCUGAUAGUGAAGAAUUAACUACUUAUUUAACUGUUACAUCAAGUACAUCAGCAAAAUCAGUUUACCCUCCAGUGCCAACGGGAGUUUUCGCAUCUGGUCAUGAAUAUUCUGAUGGAAGUGGGUCAGGAAGUCCGGCAUCUGACCUUGUAGGCUUUGGCGAAGAUGGGUCAGGAAGUCUGUCAUUUGAUUAUGCAGCUUCUGGUGAAGACGGGUCAAGAAGUGUGUCAUCUGAUAUAACAGGUUCUGGGGAGGAGGUAAUAGGAAGUGUGGUAUCUGAUAUUGCAGGUUCUGAUGAAGAUGGGUCAGGAAGUCAAACAACUGAUAAUAUUCUCUCAGGAGUUUCUAGAUUCCAAACGUCGCCUACUAUUGGUGAAGAUGAUGGUAGCGGUUUUGGUGCCAAUAUUCGUGAGCCCCUAACUGAUGAUGAUAGUUUAGGAGUACCUCGUAUCGAAGGUUCAGGGACUGAAAUUUCGGGUAUUAAGGAUUCUGGCUUACUUUUUGGACUGGAUAUCGCAUCAAGUGCAGAUAUGGUUCAGCCUAUUGAGGAUGUAGCAACCGUGCACCGAACUGAUUCUCAAGACACGCAAAUCGAAGUUCCCAUUGGCUCCGAUGAAGAAGAUUUUGAAUUAGUCCAAGUUGACCUUACUACAGAGUCUGGGGAUGACGAUGAGGUGGUAGUUAGGACAACCACUUCUACCGGUGCUGGUGCAUCCACAUUGCUCCAUAUUGAUUCUAAUAUCACAACUUCAUCGUCUGACGUAAGUUCCAUGCCAACUUUUAUUGCCGCUUCUGAUCAUACUAUCGCAGUCACUGAUGAUGAGGCUUCUGCUGAUGAUGUCGCAAUCACCGAUUUUGGAGAUGACGAACCCACACUGGUUGCUAUUAAUCCUGAUGUCUCACUCACUAAUGAUGGAGACGCCGAGGAGACAUCGCCGGUUUCAGUUGAUCCCAGUAUCAUGGCCCCUCUUGAUGGUGGAGACAAACCUACACGUCCUGCUAUAAUCUCAUACGGUAAAUUUUGA